GUGUUGUGUGUUCUCUGUAGGGAGAGAAGGGAAGAGAUGUUCCUUCGGAGGUUCGCUGGGCCAUUGUUGGCGAAGGUGAAGGAGACGACUGGGAUCGUAGGCCUGGAUGUGGUGCCGAACGCAAGGGAAGUGUUGAUCUCACUCUACUCGAAGACCUUGAAAGAGAUCCAAACCGUACCCGAGGACGAAGGUUACAGGAAGGCUGUGGAGAGCUUCACAAGGCAUCGGCUCAAGGUAUGCCAGGAAGAAGAGGAUUGGGAGCAGAUCGAGAAGCGCAUCGGCUGUGGUCAGGUCGAGGAGCUCAUCGAGGAGGCCCAGGACGAGCUUAAACUCAUGGCCAAGAUGAUGGAGUGGGACGCUUGGGGUGUGCCUGAAGGUUAUGAAUGUGAGGUUAUUGAGAACGAUGCUCCAGUUCCUAAGCAUGUCCCUCUGCACCGACCAGGUCCUCUUCCAGAGGAGUUCUACAAGACGUUGGAGACUGUCAGUUCUGUCCCAACAAAAGAUGAACAGGCAACCAUCGCUAAGGAGUCACAGCCAAAGGAGUGACCUACACCAAGUGCAUCCUUGGGUUUUUUUCCUGCGUGAAAUACACAUUUACAAAUUUGAAGCUGUGCAAUGUUCUUGUUCUUUUGUUAUUGCUUUUGAACUCACUAGAUUUUUCUAGUAAGUUGCAGAAGAAAAGUGUUGUUUAUGUGGCAAAAGAUAGAACCAUAUGAGGAAUAACCUUUUGGGCGAACUAGUUUUGAGGAAGGAACAUGUUAUUUUUUUUUCCUGGCUCCUCAUUAAGAAAAUGUAUGUGAUAAAUAACAUCUUUUGAAUCUGGUACCGGAUUAAAAUACAUUUAUAUGUUCUUUACUCCUUAA